AUGGCCGACGUCGAUGCAAACAUGCGGAUAAAUGUAAUGACAGAUUUAUUCGCAGCUGUUUCUGAUGGCAACUUAAGCGGAACAAAAACGAUCCUGAAUACUGAUUUUCCCCAUCUUAAAUUUAAAAAUAUUUCAACAACACUACUUCAUCAAGCUGCGAACAAUAAACAUUGCAGAAUACUCAAAUACCUUGUGGAAUUAGGUGCAUAUAUUGACAGCAGGAAUGCCCAACAGAUGACCCCACUUCACGUGUCUGCAAAUAAAGGUGAUACAGAAUCGGUAAAAAUGUUGAUUGUACACAAUGCUGAUGUCAAUGCUGUCGAUUGUGAUAACCGAACGCCAUUAUAUCAUGCAGUAUAUAGUGGAUUUUUAGAAUGUGCCAAGGCAAUUUUGAGUGUUGAAAAUAUAAAGUUGUAUAUAUACAGAAAUGGGGGUUGGAGUCCUAUGCAUGAAGCAUCCCGAUUUGGUCAUUUAGAAUGUUUAAAGGAACUUAUAAGAUGCAGAAUGAAAGUAACAUGCAAAACUGACGAUGCUUGGUGGACCCCAGGUCAUAUGGCUGCAUCAUGUGGCAAUGUUAAGUGUUUAAAACUUCUUAUUGAUAGUGGAAUUGACAUCAAUGCUGGAGCAGGUCCUAAUCAUACAUCAACACUACUUCACGAGGCAUCUCAUUUUGGUCAUAAUGAAUGUGUUAAGUUACUGCUUCAAUCAGGCGCUGACCCAACUAUCUUUGAUGGACAUGACUUGCCACACCAUUUAGCAAGCAGGUACGGUCAAUCAAAAGUCUUGGACGCCCUCCUGACGCAUUUUAAAGAAAACAACAAGUCGCAUUAUAUCGAUGCUUUCACUAACGUCGACCCAACAACAAAUGCAUUAACGUACCACAAUGCAUUGCACAUGGCGUCCUUGUACAAUAGAACGGAAUGCAUCAAGAUCUUGUUAAAACACGGUGCAAAACAUUUACCUAACGCUAUGGGCCAAAAGCCUUUGAUGCUUGCUUCUAGUAAAAUGAAUCUAGAGUGUAUGAAGUUAAUCAUAGCUGAUAUUAAACAGAAAUAUCGAUCAAAAGAAACGUUGGUUGCGACUCCAACAACAGCUUUACAUUAUUUAUGCACGAAGACUUACAAAACAACAGAUAAAACAAUAGCUUGUGCUUGCUUGUUGUUGAACUCCGGACUCAUUGAUAUCAAUCAAUUUGACGAAGCAUGGGAUAUAUCGCCAUGUUUGUUUAUUGCCGCUCGAAACGGAGCAACACGUUUGGUCCAAUACUUAUUAACAUCUGGUGCAAAUCCGAAGUAUUGUCACAGUUUGACCACGCAUAUGUUGAACAAUCCUAAUGUGAAAACUUGCUCAGAGAUUCUUGAUAAAGCGAAGAGUGAACCGAAAACGCUGCUAUUAUGCUGCAGAUUGGCAAUCCGAAAAGAACUUUGCAGCAUUGAGGAUAUUUAUGAAGUAUCGGUACCAAAAUUUCUUCAAAAUUAUAUUUUUCAUGGUCAUUUUUAUAAUGUUAAUAACUUGUGUGAUUUUGAAAGGAUAAAAUAAGAUAUUGUUUGCCAAUUCAAUAUAUUAUUUAAAUUUAUAUACAAUUUAAUCCUCAAAAAAUACCAUUACAAAACUGUAAAAAAUAUAUAAAAAAUAUGUUAUUGCAAUGCCAAAACGUAUUAAAAUACUAUACAAUUACUAGAAAACAAUAUUUACGCUUCUUUAUGUUAUAUGGAAUCACCA